UCCUGCGGCCUUAGGCCUCCUCGUUGCCCAACAGGCGGCUGGGGGCGGGCCACGGCCACUGAUUAAAGGCCGCCUGGAGCAGCCUGUUUGGAGACAGGUGCCCAGCAGCCCAGGAAGCCGGCCAGCACCUGCCCCAGCUUUAGGCUUUGCUGUCCCCGUGAGCACAUCACCAUGUCCGAGGCACCCCGGGCCGAGACUUUCGUCUUCCUGGAUCUGGAAGCCACUGGGCUCCCCAGUAUAGAUCCCGAGGUGGCUGAGAUAUCCCUGUUUGCGGUGCACCGCUCCUCCCUGGAGAGCCCAGAUCGAGACGAGUCUGGUGCCCCUGUGCUGCCCCGGGUCCUGGACAAGCUCACGCUGUGCAUGAGUCCAGAGCGCCCUUUCACCGCCAAGGCCAGUGAGAUCACCGGCCUGAGCAGCGACAGCCUGGCGCGGUGCCGGAAGGCCGGCUUCGACGAUGCCGUGGUGCGGACGCUGCAGGCCUUCUUGAGCCGCCAGGAGGGCCCCAUCUGCCUUGUGGCCCACAACGGCUUUGAUUAUGACUUCCCCCUGCUGUGCACAGAGCUGCGGCGCCUGGGCGCCCACCUGCCCCCGGACACCGUCUGUCUGGAUACACUGCCUGCGCUGCGGAGCCUGGACCGUGCCCACAGCCAUGGCACCCGGGCCCAGGGCUGCAAGGGUUACAGCCUGGGCAGCCUCUUCCGCCGCUACUUCCAGGCAGAGCCAAGUGCAGCCCACUCAGCCGAGGGUGAUGUCCACACCCUGCUCAUGGUCUUCCUGCACCGCGCUACUGAGCUGCUUGGCUGGGCUGACGAGCAGGCCCGAAGCUGGGCCCGCAUCGAGCCCAUGUAUGUGCCAUCCGAUGGCCCGAGCCUUGAAGUCUGAGUGCCAGGGGCUCGGUGAGACCACCACCCAGGGGGUUGAGGCCCACUCUCAGCAUGGGUGGCACCAACUUUGACCGGUCAGGCUCUGAGGCCUGGAGCUGGCCCCGGACCAGUGCCCCACUCCCCCCCCCGCCCCCGCCCUCGUAACCAGCUAGCCCCGGGCCUUUGCACCUGCCAGGCCUCCUCCUGGCCCUGGCCUGGGUAGCCUUGUAGCCCUGGAGCUUUCUCCCAGCCCCACCCCUGGACUAUGCUUUAGUGGUUUGCUGCUGCAGGCUCCCACCCUUCACCUGGUCUCUCA